GGGCUGGACCACAGUCAAUACAAACAAGUCUCUGUCAUCGGCUUAUCACAGUGAUAGGCUUUAAUAUGAGGAAAAAAAUAAAAGCAGUGAAAGGAGUUCAGUCAACAUUGUUCAUGUUUUUAAAGAACAUUUUAAAGAAGUUUUUGCAAAUCAUUUGGAGGCCCACUUGCAAUACCGCCACGGCCCAGAGGGCAAGCAGUUUAUUUUUCCUCUACAGAGGCAGACUCACAGCUCUGUUUAAAGGAAAUUAAAAAAAAAAAAGACAAACACAAUCAAAUUCAAGUCAGGAUUGCUAAAGGCUCUACAGACCCCUGAUUCACCUACACAGGUGCUCUCACUUCUGUGUCUGAUUACACCCCGUCUGAAGACGCUGGAGCUGCGCACAACAUACCUGAUCACCCCUCACUCUCUAGCUGCGCCUUUUAGGGCGGGAUGACUUGCACUUCAUCAUUCUUACAGGCCUUUUUCGCAGCAGACAUUUUGGCCUGUCGUAGCAGGAAAGGCUGAGGUGUAACUACAAACAACUGCAUUCAGUUUACCUGCGCUAUGGCCUGACGUUCUGCGCGUGCUGCCUCGCUGAGAGGUCUGACUGAGACAUUUAAAGGAACCGAACCAUCGUUAAUAAGAUUUCCUUCACCUGUGCUCCUCCUGCGAUUACAGGUCAGUAUCAGUAUGUUGAGGUGACCUCAUCGUUAGCCUGAGCAGAGGUCUAAUCAGCCACUUUAACUAAACACACCUGUGUAAGUCUGCAGUGCACAUGUUUAAUAUGUGAAUAUUAAAAACCCACAAAGUUGUGGAUGAAACUGGAGAUAAUGCAAUAAUGAACAUUCUCUAACUCAGUUAAAGCUGAAAACACACACGCACACACACACACACACACACACACAAUACUAAUAUUUUACAGGCUUAAAAUCUUAAUCUGCAAAGUAACUAGUAAGUACAGCUGCUGGAAAAAUUGAAAAGUGGAAAGUAAAAAGUGCAAAACAAUUCAAAAAAGUACAAUAUUUUCACAGUGUAGUUCAGUCCAGAAGCAGAGUGAAUGUACCUAGUUAAUUCCUACCUCUACAACUCAACCCAACCGAGAAAGAAAGAUGUAAAAACAAGAAUAAAAUCAGCUGUUGAAGUAACAAAAAAAAAAAAAAACCCUAUGGAUUCAAAAUGUCCCCUGUAGCUGCAGGGAGGAGAGUACAAACAGUGGGAAGUGAGUGACUGUGCAUCUGCAGGCCUUUUAGGUCUGCCUGAUGAUUGCUCCCUUCCUGAUUACCAGGGCGGACAGCGAAAACAGAGUCGAUAAUUGAAUCAGAGAAAUUUCUCCUCCAGCAUCGAAGAUGGUCGGCCUGAUAACGAGCUUCUUAACUGGCAGCACAGGAAGCAGCUUUUCCGCAUUCCAAGGUGGGAGAAAACUUUGGUGCCCCUGCCCUGAUGCUUUAGAGGGGAGGCAGUCACACAUCAAGAGUGUGAGGGUCAAACAGCUGCUUCACUGCACCGCUCGGCUCAGCUGGACGCACCUCUGGAACCCCGGGGAGCGGUUAUGAGGAGAUCAACUCCGUACAACUCAAGAUGGGCAGAGAGACGAUCCACUGUGGUUUACGCGGUGCGCUCAGCCACAUUUGGCUCCUGGAGGAAGCUGACCCUGGGGGCAGAGUACGAGGAUACCUGGGCCCCGUCAACUGACAGGAGGUGUCGUCCCGGGCUGCGGGAACAGGGGGAGCCGGGGCCCGAGGAGGAGACAUCUGACACCUGCAGCGGAGAGCCGGAGGAAACAUCGUGGAGAGCCGCUGACACCAACACGGCGCAGAGGUAUGACACAGUUUUACACCUGGAUGGACUGAGCAGAGCGGGUAGUAGGGAUGGUGUCCGUCAACUCGUCAAGAAGCAUGAGACCCUGAACAACAUGCCAUGGCCCUGCAGAAUGGCUCGCUUCGCAGAAGAUCUACCCACCCGCUAUGGAGGAGGCGCAGGCAGCGGAGGGAGAGGUGCGCCGGGCGCCGGGAGAGGGGGAGCCCGGGGUGGUGGCGGCGCUCCGGGUGGCCAGAGGAUGUACAAGCAGUCGAUGGCCCAGAGAGCCCGGACAAUGGCCAUUUACAACCCGAACCCUGUCAAACAAAACUGCUUCACUGUCAACCGCUCCCUCUUCAUCUUCCGCGAGGACAAUCUCAUCAGGAAGUAUGCAAAGCGAAUAACAGAGUGGCCUCCAUUUGAGUACAUGAUCCUGGCUACAAUCAUCGCCAACUGCAUCGUCCUGGCCCUGGAGCAGCAUCUACCUGCCAGCGACAAGACACCUAUGUCAGAGCGCCUGGAUGACACAGAGCCCUACUUUAUUGGAAUAUUCUGUUUCGAGGCUGCCAUUAAGAUCAUCGCCCUGGGCUUUGCGUUUCACAAAGGCUCCUACCUCCGCAACGGCUGGAAUGUAAUGGACUUUGUGGUCGUCCUCACUGGAAUCUUGGCCACGGUGGGUUCAGACUUUGACCUGAGAACACUGCGAGCGGUGAGAGUGCUGAGACCCCUGAAACUCGUGUCAGGAAUCCCAAGUCUCCAGGUGGUGUUGAAGUCUAUAAUGAAAGCCAUGGUUCCUCUGCUGCAGAUCGGCCUGCUGCUCUUCUUCGCCAUUGUCAUGUUUGCCAUCAUCGGGGUGGAGUUUUACAUGGGCAAAUUCCACAACACCUGCUUCAAGAUCGACACUGGUGAGAGAGUAGCCGACUGGCCUUGUGGUCAGGAGCCCCCAGCCAGGACGUGUCCCAAUGGGACCCAGUGUAGAGAGUAUUGGACUGGACCCAACUUUGGUAUCACCAACUUCGACAACAUCCUGUUUGCAGUGCUGACUGUGUUCCAGUGCAUCACUAUGGAGGGCUGGGUGGACAUCCUCUACAGCACCAAUGAUGUGGCAGGAAACACCUGGAACUGGCUCUACUUCAUCCCUCUCAUCAUCAUCGGGUCCUUCUUCAUGCUCAACCUGGUUCUUGGUGUACUCUCAGGAGAAUUUGCCAAAGAAAGAGAGCGUGUGGAGAAAAGGCAGGAGUUCCUGAAGCUUCGGAGGCAGCAGCAAAUAGAGAGAGAGCUCACCGGAUACUUGGAGUGGAUCUGCAAAGCAGAGGAGGUGUUGCUGGAGGAGGAGGACGAGAUUGCAGAGGAGAAGUCCCCGCUGGACGGUGCGUGGUACAAGAGGAAACAAAACCUUCCAGUCCUGAAACGAGGCAAAGCCAAGAAAGGUAAAAACGACCUGAUCGGUGCUGAGGAGGGCGAGGACCCUUUUGCUGACAUCUCCUCUGUUGCUCCGCCUGGAUCUCCGUUUGGUCGAGCCAGCGUGAAAAGCGGCAGCAAGAUGGACAGCUCGUCUUACUUCCGUCGUAAGGAGAAGAGGAUCCGCUUCUUCAUCCGCCGCAUGGUGAAGGCUCAGAGCUUCUACUGGAUCGUCCUGUGUCUGGUGGGACUCAACACUCUGUGUGUGGCCAUAGUUCACUAUGACCAACCUGAGUGGCUUACGAGGGCCCUCUACGCAGCAGAGUUCGUGUUCCUGGGUUUGUUCCUGACUGAGAUGACCUUGAAGAUGUACGGACUCGGAGUGCGGAACUAUUUCCAUUCCUCCUUUAACUGCUUCGAUUUUGGGGUGAUUGUGGGAAGUAUUUUUGAGGUGAUCUGGGACAUGAUUAAACCAGGAGCAUCAUUUGGCAUCAGUGUGCUGAGAGCCCUGCGACUGCUCAGGAUAUUCAAAGUCACCAAAUACUGGAACUCGUUGAGGAACCUCGUGGUUUCCCUCCUCAAUUCCAUGAAGUCCAUCAUCAGCUUGCUCUUCCUCCUCUUUCUCUUCAUCGUGGUCUUUGCCCUGCUCGGCAUGCAGCUCUUUGGAGGACAUUUCAAGACCACGGAUUCAGGUUUUGGCAGGUUUAACUUUGAAGAUGAGACGCCAACAACAAACUUUGAUACGUUCCCAGCAGCCAUCCUCACAGUGUUCCAGAUUCUGACUGGCGAAGACUGGAACGCCGUGAUGUACCACGGGAUCGAGUCUCAAGGAGGCGUUCGCCGCGGCAUGUUCUCUUCAGUCUACUUCAUCGUCCUCACACUGUUUGGAAACUACACCCUCCUGAAUGUCUUCUUGGCCAUUGCUGUCGAUAAUCUCGCCAACGCACAGGAGCUGACUAAGGAUGAGGAGGAGCAGGAGGAGGCAGCCAAUAAGAAGCUCGCACUGCAGAAGGCUUUGGAGGUGAAGGAAGUCAGCCCGAUGUCGGCAGCCAACAUCUCGAUCGCUGCUUUUGUAAAGCAAAAUCGAGAUGCACUCUCUCGCAGGUCGUCCAUCAACAGCAUUCAGUCACCUAAGGAGCAGCAGCGCUCAGCAAAGGCCAUGUCAGUGUGGGAGCAAAGGACCAACCAGCUGAGGAGACACAACAUGAGGGCGAGCAGCGAGGCCCUGUUCAACGAGCUCGACCCAGAGGAGCGCCUCCGCGUGUCCUCCGCUCUCCACCUGCAUCCCGACAUGAAGACUCACCUGGACCGGCCGCUCGUGGUGGAGGCCAGGAACGGCGACAAACCCAGCAGGCCUCCUGAAGGAGGACGGGAGGAGGCAGGGGAUCCCCGUCAGGAUGGGGUCGGAGACAACCUCCACACGCACUCCAGGAAGCAUCACCGCCACCGUGACAGAAACGGGGAGAGCAGAGACGGAGGCGACGGCAGAGGUGGAAGGCACCACAUCCAUCACAGCAGGAGCAGAGAUCACAACGCCGACGGUGCCCAGACGAAAGAGAGGAGGGGGGAGAGGAGCCAAAGCCGCGACGGAGGGCAGGGUCACAGGCACAACCACCUGGCUGGCUCGCCUGAAGAGGAGACCACUGACACGCAAGGAGGAGGGUUAGGAGAAGAGAGGGGACACCGCCAUCACCACUCCCAUCGUCCACCAAAAGAGGGAAACGGGAUGAUAGCGAACGGUGCACAGGGAGAGUGCAAGGGGAGGGGGGGAGGAGGGGAUAGUAAUGGAGAGAGGAAGGGACGCUGCUCUCGCAUGGUCAGAGCUCAGUCGACUCUGGACGGAGACGACUGUAAGAGGAGCAAGAAUGGAAGCAGAGGUCAUAGGGAGAGGCAGCCAGAUGCUGAGGACAACGGCCUCGCCUCCACUCCUCUGCAGCCAAUGCGCAGUAGCCUGAGUCUUGGAGAAAAGCAAGAGGAUGCUGACAACCAGAAGAACUCCACCAGGGCCAGCCAGGCUGGCCUCAACAGCAACGCCAUCCACAUCCCCGUCACCAUCACUGCCCCGCCGGGAGAGACCACCAUCAUACCCAUGAACAACAUCGACUGUGACACUUUCCGACUCAGUGAGGAGAAGAAAGAUCUGGAGGAAGAGGAGGCAGCUAAUGGGCCUCGGCAGAUCCUCCCCUACAGCUCCAUGUUCAUCUUCGGGCAAACAAAUCCGGUGCGGCGGCUGUGUCACUACGUAGUCAACCUACGCUACUUUGAAAUGUGCAUCCUGAUGGUCAUUACCAUGAGCAGCAUCGCUCUGGCAGCCGAGGACCCCGUGCAAGCCAACGCACCGCGCAACAAUGUUCUGAAGUAUCUGGAUUACGUCUUUACUGGAGUCUUUACUUUUGAGAUGGUGAUUAAGAUGAUUGACUUGGGACUGCUCCUGCACCCUGGCUCUUACUUCCGCGACCUGUGGAACAUUCUGGACUUCAUCGUGGUCAGUGGAGCUCUGGUGGCCUUUGCCUGCUCAGGGACGAAAGGCAAGGACAUCAACACCAUCAAGUCCCUCAGGGUCCUCCGAGUCCUGCGGCCACUCAAGACCAUUAAACGGCUGCCCAAGCUGAAGGCCGUGUUUGACUGUGUUGUAAACUCUCUGAAGAACGUCCUCAACAUCCUCAUCGUCUAUAUCCUCUUCAUGUUCAUCUUCGCUGUUAUCGCCGUGCAGCUGUUUAAGGGCAAAUUCUUCUACUGCACCGAUGAGUCCAAGGAUCUGGAGAAAGACUGCAGGGGUCAGUUUCUGGACUACGACAGGGAUGACGUAGCAGCUCAGCCCAGAGAGUGGAAGAAGUACGAAUUCCACUACGAUAACGUUCUCUGGGCCUUCCUGACGCUCUUUACUGUCUCCACCGGAGAGGGCUGGCCAUUGGUCCUGAAGCACUCUGUGGAUGCUACCUACGAGGAUCAGGGCCCCAGCCCGGGCUUCCGCAUGGAGACAUCCAUCUUCUAUGUGGUCUACUUCGUGGUGUUCCCCUUCUUCUUCGUCAACAUAUUUGUGGCUUUGAUCAUCAUAACCUUUCAGGAGCAGGGAGACAAGGCCAUGUCGGAGUGUAGCCUGGAGAAGAACGAGAGAGCUUGUAUCGACUUUGCCAUCAACGCCAAACCGCUGACGAGAUACAUGCCAGAGAACAAACAGUCCUUCCAGUACAAGAUGUGGAAAUUUGUGGUGUCGCCUCCGUUCGAGUACGCCAUCAUGACUUUAAUCGCCCUCAACACUGUCGUGCUGAUGAUGAAGUUCUACGGAGCUCCAGACCUCUACGAGUCCAUGCUGAAAUACUUAAACAUCGUCUUCACAGCCCUCUUCACACUGGAGUGCGUCCUCAAGAUUAUUGCCUUCGGUCCACUGAACUACCUGAAAGCAGCGUGGAACGUGUUUGACUUUGUGACUGUGCUUGGAAGCAUCACCGACAUCUUGGUCACAGAGAUUAAGGACAAGAUGAUCAACCUGAGUUUUCUGAGGCUGUUCAGAGCUGCUCGUCUCAUCAAGCUGCUGCGGCAGGGCUACACCAUCCGCAUCCUGCUGUGGACCUUCGUUCAGUCCUUCAAGGCUCUGCCGUAUGUCUGCCUGCUCAUCGCCAUGCUCUUCUUCAUCUAUGCCAUCAUUGGAAUGCAGGUGUUUGGAAACAUCGAGCUGAAUGAGGACACCGCCAUAAAUCACCACAACAACUUCCAGACCUUUUUCCAGGCCCUGACGCUUCUCUUCAGGAGUGCGACAGGCGAGGCGUGGCAUGAGAUCAUGUUAUCGUGUCUCAGUAACAGACCGUGUGACAAGCUCUCAGGAACUCUAGGGAAGGAGUGUGGAAGUGACUUUGCCUACUUCUACUUUGUCUCCUUCAUCUUCCUCUGUUCCUUCCUGAUGCUGAACCUCUUUGUCGCUGUCAUCAUGGACAACUUUGAGUACCUGACCAGGGACGCCUCCAUUUUGGGGCCUCAUCACCUUGAUGAAUUCAUCCGUGUGUGGGCGGAGUACGACCCCGCUGCCUGCGGGAGGAUUUGCUAUAAGGAUAUGUACAAAUUGUUGCGUUUUAUCUCGCCUCCUCUGGGCCUGGGGAAGAAGUGCCCUAACAGGGUGGCUUAUAAGCGCUUGGUGAAGAUGAACAUGCCCAUUGCAGAUGACAACACAGUGCAUUUCACCUCCACGCUGAUGGCCCUGAUCCGCACAGCCCUGGAGAUCAAACUGGCAUCUGGGGUCCUGGCGCAGCGUUUGUGCGAUGCCGACUUGAAGAGGGAGAUAAACCGAGUCUGGCCCAACCUGUCGCAGAAGACCGUCGACCUGCUGGUGACGCCACAUAAAUACAAUGAGCUGACCGUGGGGAAGGUCUACGCAGCGUUCAUGAUCUUUGAUUACUAUAAGCAGAAUCGUGCCAAGAGACUCCAGCAGCAGCAUCCUUCAGGAGGAACUCAGAGUAAACUGGGGGCGUUGUUCCGUCCUGUGCUGCCCCUCACUCACAUACAGGAAGUAGAACCACCAAUCUGCAGCCCCAAACAGCCCCUCCCAUCCGUGCCUGAACCAGAAGCUAAGCCACAGGCCCCGCCCACCACCACUGCCACCACCUCAAUAAACAGGGACACAAUCUUAAACCAGAGGAGUGCCAUAAAACAUUCCCAGUCCGGAGAUGUUUCUCAGGCAGCACAGAGGCCCAAAGGCCGGAGGAAACUACAGAGGGGCCAGUCAGAAGAUGUGCCAUAUUCCACCAGACCCCAGGAAGUGGUUGAGCUGAAACAGGUGGAGAACAUUUCCGAUACAGAGGAAUAUCCCAGCCUGGAAGGACACUACAGAGCGGCUUCUCUGCCCCGACUCAAUGCUGAAUACUACCGGAGCCACCCUCGCCACGCCCCUGGGACCCACCUGGCACCGAUUGUUGACCUCAGUCCUAUAAGACGCUCAGCUUCCUCGCUGACACCGCAGCGCCACCAGGAGGUCGGGCUGAGGGAGUAUGACCUGGAACGGCCUGGUCUGGCCCAGUCCUCAACUGGACCAGGGCAAGUCCAGGGCCAGGAUAGAGCCCACCAUCAUCACCACCACCACCGCUGCCAUCGACGCAGGGACAAGGACAAAGACAAGAAGCAAAAGUCCCUGGAUAGAGCGGCAUCAGUGCAACCGUCCAGCACUGUCGGUUCGUUUACCGACCCCUCAGCUGAAGGUUUGUCCAGAGAACGAGCGAGGGAGCGGGACCGCAGCCGGCCUCACGAGAGGAGGCACCACUCCUCGGCAGGAGAGAAGCAGCGCUACUACUCUUGUGAGCGUUACGGCAGCAGGGAGCAGUGUCACGCCAAGUCAGCCGGUCCCAGUAGAUCCACGUCUCCUGGAGAGGGACAGGACGCUGGUUUGCUCAAACAGCAUGGUAGCGGUGUGGUUAAAGCUGGCCCUGUAACACUCCCCUCUGAUUCGAGCACGCCGGGCCGUGGUCGCAGGCAGCUGCCACAGACGCCCCUCACCCCUCGUCCCGCUGUGGCCUACAAGACCGCCAACUCCUCGCCUCUCCCGUCCAGUGCCAGCACUGGUACGACAGGGCACCAGACUCGCUUCAGCCGUGGCCUUUCAGAGCACGAUCGUUUACUUGGGGGCCACAGCGAGUCCCCGAUACCGGUCACCCGCAUCAGUUCGGACCCUAAUUUAAACCGACAGCCGCAGGACGCUUCUCAACUGGCCCUCCUCGAAGAGACAGAGGACUUCCAGGACGCUGUGAGCAGCCACGGAGGGGGACACUCUGCCAGAACCACUGCCUCAACUACAGCCUCAGCUUCACACGGAAAUGCUGCUGCACCCGUCACAGUGCCCGUCACGCAGGCCCGGGCUGGGGGGGUGCCGAACGGGUACCACUUCACCCUGGGGGUCAACUCUGUGUUGGGACCUGGGGGAAGAGGGAGUCUCAGGGAGAGGGAAGAAGAGGACUGGUGCUAACAUGGCAGAACAUUUUUGAAAGAAGUUGAUGUUAGCAGAGAACGGGGCAGCUUGUCAGUGUUGUACAGCGCUCAUGUCAGGUCCAAUGAGCUGAGAGGAAGCCAGACGAUUGAUACAGAAGGGAAGAUACUGAAGAAAACGCCAGUGGAAAGUGCUGUUAAAGGGGAUCAGAAAUCAUUCCAGCUUUGUAGUGUUACUCUCCUUUUUUAUACAACAAACUCUUUAAGGAAAAAAGACACCGAUGACUUUUUCUACCCCCUUUACUUGCACUGAAAUUAUAGCACAUGUGAAGACCCUUAAGUAUUUUGCCUUGGCCAGUAAAAUCAGUGUUGGAGCAGAAGACAAAAGCCAAAAUCCCCUCAUUCAUGAACUGUGUUUCAGACUGAUCUGAAUGCCUCACUCCUGGUAUUAAUAUGGCUGCUCACAACACUGUUUUUAUUAUUGUAUGUUUCAUUUUGUUUAUGUUUGCCAUGUAGGUUAGAGAAGAGUUAGGAUAUAACUUGAUCAUAUUGAUUUUUUUUUUUUUUUUCGGGGUUAUCACCGAAUUCUGACAACAAGAGAUAUUAGGAAAAAACUGAUUUAUUUUGGUCUUAAACUUCUGCCAUGACACUUAACGGAAACAGUAAUUAACGUGACAGAAAUCAAACAAUGGGAUUGGUUAGAAUGGAACUAGAGCUAGAGAGUUUUAAUGAUCAUGUUUUUGUAAGUUGUGCCAGACGUACAUUUCUGGAGCGCACGUAGGGACUAGAUCAACUCUUUUCUGACGUUAUGUGGCUGAAUACUAAGUGCCUCGUUUUCCAAGACGUGUUGAGAUGCAGCCUGGCUUUGGGUCAGACGGACUUGAACUGAUGUAAGUAUGUACACAGCUGAGAAAAAGUGGACAGAACAAAGCUCCUGUUUGAAUCUGGUAUAAAGAACAGAAUGCAAAAAAAAAAAUUCUUUUUUUGUACUGAAUCUUGUGGUAGGUAAAUCAGAAUUACAGAUGCAAAGUAAGCAAUGUAGUGCAUGCCAGGGUCUUGAACUUGUCAAAAAAAUAGUGUCUGUACUUUUGCUUAAGGGUGUGUGGUAAGCAUUUGCCUUUCUCUUUCAAAUAUACUGCCAGUCAGUUGGUAGAAAUGGUCUCUGGAUGGAGAAAAGUGCCAUUUUUUUGAUGAAUAAUCAACAAAUAUUCAGAAACACCUGCCUCCUAAAGCAUACCGUAUAUGUCUCACGUCUGCCAUAUUUGCCCAAAUUUCAUGGGUUUCCUUUUCUUCUCACCUCUUUCCACUGAGAGCAGUAAUGUGUGAGGGUUUGUAGGCCAGGUUACCUGUGUGUGUACUCACAGGUACAAUAAGGAGUUGUGUUGUUGCUGCUGACUGUUGACUUAAAGUAGGGCUAUGCAACAAGACGACACUUCAUCUGCCCUGUAGCUUUACCCUCUGGAAUCUCCAGGUUCAGGCUUUAGUGUGACUGCGACCAAAUUUUACAUUUAUGUGUGAAGAGUUGUAAAUUGUAAAUAUAUUAUAUGAUGUACAGUGAACUGAAAACACACUGAGGCACAAAUCAUAUUAAAGCUGAUAUAUGUGAAUCACAGGGCAUUUUUGAGGUUGGGAAGUUGACUGCAUGACGCCUACCCAGAUAGAACCACACAGAAUAUAAACCUGUUCUUUCCAGACUUGGGUCAAGUUGUAUUUUUAAAUAAUCUUCAGUGGCUUUUAAACUUGUUCAGAGAAGCAGAUAUCAGGUAUUUUGUCAAUCACAAAAGGCUGAACUGACUAUGAAACGUAUUUCUGUUUCAUAGUUCUGCACUGGCCUAAGACCUGCACCAGGCCCGUGCCCACCUCCUUCAGCCCUGGACCAGCUAAACCCAACUGGUACUGCCGGAUCAGAGACCGGAGGCUGUAUUUGUGCCAUAUAUCAUCUGUCACGUUAGCUAUCCUCUGACUCUUUCUCUCUGGGCUGUUCCACUGGACAUAACAUAUCUACUUAAAGGAUAAGUCUGGAUGUUAUUGUCAACAAAUCCCGUAAGAAGACCAAAACCGUCUCUUCCUCUACCCUGUCUGUGGCUCUCAACUCCCAGCGCAUUAGUUCCUGCUGGAGACGUAAAUCUUUGUGAACAUGUCACAAAUAUAUGGCUUAUUAUCUAUUAAUUAAGAACAUAUCUUUUCAGAUUUAUAAUUUAAUUUUGGUCAGGUGAAUAUUUUAACAGAUAUAAUUCAUUUAACAGGUUAAAGUUUUGGCAUGGAUCAAGGAGCUGUUUGUAAGUUUUGCUAUUGCUACAUGGUUAAUGCUAGUAUCAACAGCUGUUUACUUACCAGUCUAGAAGAAAUUUUUCAAGUUUCAAACUUAAUACCUUUACUCACCAAGAGCUGUCUCCAGCUGUGGAAAGCAACACUUUUAUUUGGCUUCUUUUCUUCUACUGAAUUUAGCAUGCUAACCAGCUAGCCCCGGCCCGGUUGGCCCAUCAUCCAUGGACUAUCUAUCAUUAUACAUAUUUUUAAUCAAAAUACAGAUUAGAUAAAAAAACAGACCUCUGGGUAUCUAAAUCUUGGUGCUCAUUAUAUUGUCCUGGCUCAUCUCUAAGCAGGUUAAAGAGCAUGUAAAUUAUUUGCAAAUAUUAUUUGAUCCAAGUCGAUUACUUCCUUGUGUUUUAAUUUACUUCCUGUGGUCUCAUAUUUGUGCAAUCUUUUUGAUGGAUCAUCUGUAAGGAGACGUUUUAGACUUUACAGCAGUGAGGUAGGCGUGGCUCUGCUCUUCGUGAGGGUAACGUAAUGGAUUGCUUGUCAUCUUAUUGUCUUUAAAUGUUUCUGCAAGUUGCCAUAUUGGAACAGAGAUUUGUGUUCAUCUCUACAGUAGAUUUGAAAAAAAGAUGCUCCAUUUUCAGACCUCCAACGAGCCCCACGUUAACAGGGUGCCGAGUUUUCCUCUUACAGUUUUAACAGUGGCUGCCCCCUCUGGACAUGUCCUGUUUGCAUGUUCUGAAAAGAAAAUGUGCAUGUGAAAAAAAGAGGCAUUGUUUGACUUCAUUGAGUCCACAAUUUGUACAAUUUGUUUCCUGGUUGUAUUUUCUGAUUAUCUAAAUACACAUGUAUCUGUUUCAGGUAAAGAGAGAAAAAAAAAACACGCUUGAAUAACAUUUUAUCACAGAACCACCAAAGUGGAAACAAGGCUCUUUCUCAGAAAAGAGGUUCUGGAGUGGCCGAAUCCUUCGCUGCCUGAUCUGUUACUUGACUGUCUCUCCCACAGUCAUUUUGACUGUACCUAUAGAUUUUGUAUUAAUAUACGAGUCCUUGAAUAAAGAGGUAUGAUUAAGAAAUCGCAUGAGAUUUCUGAAUAUUUGCAUUGAAAUGUCACAUGAUAAGAAUCAGGUUUUGUUCGCAUCUUAUUAAAUCUGAACCCAGUUUCAAAACUGA